ACAACAAAACGGAAGCUGAUUCUGCGAGUAUAACUCUGGUGUUGCUUUCAGAUUAACUUUUCCCCAUUGUACCUACACCAAGGAAUAAUUGCUUGAAAAUAAAACAACCUAAAGAUAUUUAUGGAAAAUUUAAAUACUCUUAAGUGAAAAGAAAAAACACAAUAAAUUAAAUAAUAAUAAUAAUAAUAAAGAUCAGUGGAAGGGAAGGGUUUGUUUGUUAGAUCGCCAUUUUGACAUCUGGUUCUGGAUCGGAUCCUUCUUCUUUCGUCGAAUUCAUUCGAUCGUCUCCGCCAAAGUACUUGAGCGAAAAGAAGAAGAAGAAAAAGAAGAAAAUAUGUUGGGAAUUAUAAGGCAAAAAGCUUUUGGGAUGUCCCUGCAGACGAUUCGGCCCGCAGCUUCAGUAUGGAGAGGUUACUCAUCCGCCGCUAAAGAGAUGACUGUUCGAGAUGCACUGAACUCUGCUCUCGACGAGGAAAUGUCUGCGGAUCCUAAAGUUUUUUUGAUGGGAGAAGAGGUUGGGGAAUAUCAGGGUGCAUAUAAGAUAACUAAAGGGCUCCUGGAGAAGUAUGGUCCAGAAAGGGUUCUUGAUACUCCAAUUACUGAGGCUGGAUUUACUGGCAUUGGAGUUGGUGCUGCUUACUAUGGUCUGAAGCCAGUUGUGGAGUUUAUGACAAUUAACUUCUCUUUGCAGGCAAUUGAUCAUAUAAUUAAUUCUGCUGCAAAAUCCAAUUACAUGUCUGCUGGUCGGAUUUCUGUGCCCAUAGUUUUCAGGGGACCAAAUGGUGCUGCUGCAGGAGUUGGUGCCCAACACUCUCAAUGUUACGCAUCAUGGUAUGCUUCCUGCCCUGGGUUGAAAGUGCUGGCCCCAUACUCAUCUGAAGAUGCUCGUGGACUGCUAAAAGCUGCCAUAAGGGACCCUGAUCCUGUUGUUUUUCUUGAAAAUGAGUUAUUAUAUGGUGAGUCAUUUCCUGUGUCAGCUGAAGUUCUUGACUCCAGUUUUUGCCUUCCAAUAGGAAAAGCUAAGAUCGAGAGAGAAGGGAAGGAUGUGACUAUCACAGCCUUCUCGAAAAUGGUGGGCUAUGCUCUCAAGGCAGCUGAGAUACUUGCAAAGGAAGGAAUCAUUGCUGAGGUUAUAAAUUUGCGUUCCAUUAGGCCACUAGAUAAACACACAAUCAACGCUUCAGUCCGGAAAACCAACAGACUGGUGACAGUUGAAGAAGGAUUCCCUCAGCAUGGUAUUGGGGCUGAAAUCUGUGCAUCUAUUAUUGAGGAGAGCUUCAGUUAUCUUGAUGCACCAGUUGAGAGAAUUGCUGGAGCUGAUGUUCCCAUGCCUUAUGCAGCCAAUCUUGAGAGAAUGGCUGUACCUCAGGUUGAGGAUAUAGUGCGUGCUGCAAAGAGAGCUUGCUACAGAUCUGCACCAAUGGCUGCAGCUCAAUAAUAUUUCAGUCUAGAAACCUUAUUAAAUCCAGGAAUUCUGGAGAUUGUAAUUUUUUGCCCCCCUUUACACAUCUGAGGAUCAACUCAUUGAAUAACUUGGAGAUAUUGAUGAUCAUUGAAUAACAUGGAGAUUGAUGAUGGCGGAAAUCGUGGCAUUCUUUCUUUGUCAAAUUCAGCCACCUGAUUUGGACCUAUUUUAUGCCAAAGCCAAAAUGUGAAUUUACUUGUGAUUUCUGUAUGUGCAUUCCUUUUUGGAGAGGUCUAUUGGUGUUUUGAAGAUCAUCUUCAAACUAAUAUUGUCCAAUUCACUUGAUAUUUGGUCAAAAUUGAUGCUUUCAGAAGAUUGCCUGAUUA